ACACGGAAGUGAACAAUUUCGUCACUUAGCGUUUUAGUUAUUUAGACGUUUGUUUACACCCGGGAACUCAAAAUAUGACUUAUUCAACUUCCCAGUAUCACAUACUUACCCCAAGUCGUGUUUAAUUUUUGUUGGUGAAAGCACUUGUUGAUAUAUGUUAUCUAGGUAAUGCUAUUUAGCUAGCUGCUAACAAUGGCUAACUGUAACGAAAUGGGUUUUCACACUCAAAUAGCCUCCGUCAUGGAGGUGCUAGCGAAUGCAGCCGUGGCAGAGAUCUGUAAACUCGUAGACGACGACUAUGCAGUGUUUCGUUUGGAAAUUUCUCAAAGCCAGAAAGAAAACAGCGGAUUACGGAGGAAACUACAGCUACUGGAACUGAAGGUGGCACGGGAGCGUCGUCCCAGUAGUGUCAAGAUCCUCGACCGAUACAAAACAGGAUUGGCUAGAGGUGAAGGACAUCUCAUUGGAGGCCACAGGAGCUUUGUGAAGCCAGCAGGACACAAUACGUGGAAGGAUGACCAACCAAUUACUGUUGAUGAGGCGAGUGGAUCCUCAACCCAGCACGUUGUCGUGAUAGAGUCUGCAGAUGCAGGUCCUGGGUUCAAGCUAGAGAGGUCUGAAGGAGACGAGGACCCACGGCACAGCAGAAACUUUCAGACUGGAGUCGAGGACCCUACCACCACCCCAGCGCAGCCCAGGACCCGACGCAGCAUCACGGAGGUCAGUGGAACGCUGAACGCCGCCCUCAAGUCAAAGACAGACACCAAGACGUUAACUGUAACACACAGUCUCUUACACACAGGACCUGACCAAAUAUCAGAUCCAGGUCUGGGGAGACUGGGCUGUCCUCCUGCUCCCGGCUCAGACUAUUUACCAGUAUUUCAUCAGAGCCAGAGGCCUGUUAAUUCCCGUGGAGAUGGGGAUGGUGACAAGUUAGACACUGGUAGUGAGGAGCCUGCUUGUUCUUACACCACAGAGAAGGACCCUGGCAACAUGCCCCUGGGUUUAGAGACACAGACUGAUCUGUCUAUAGGGGCCUGGAAUCAGUACAGUAGUACUGUAUACUCUGAAGGGUACUUAGAUAAGAAAGGGGAGGGGCUUGUCAUAAAUGAAGUGACUGUGAAAUUGGAAGGCGACGUUCCUUCCACAUGGAAUGCAGAUAAUCACCUAGGAGAAGGACACUCGCAGGGCAGAGAUUUUAUAGACUACAGGGAAAGCUUAGAGACAAAUCCAAAUGUUGCCACCCACUCCCCUUUACACACGCUCAGUGAUCGAGACCCCGUGUCCACGUCGAUGGGAUCUUCAGAUUCACACGGCCAUGUCUUUUUCAAUCAGGUAUUGAACUCAAACAACAGGGCUAAAGCCCAGGGUCGGGGAGGGGGAGCCACAUCAGGCAAUAGUAAAGAGAAACGGUUCCUCUGCAUGUUCUGUAACAAAGGCUUCAGCUGCCCCCAGAAGGUGGAGAUCCACCAGAGGGUCCACACAGGGGAGAAACCAUUCAGCUGCACCCAGUGCCACAUGCGCUUCACCGAGGCUGGCACCCUGAAGCGGCACCAGAGGGUCCACACAGGGGAGAAACCUUACAGCUGCCCCCAGUGCGAGAAGAGGUUCUCCCGCCAGGACAAACUGAAGAGGCACCUGAAGGUCCACACGGGAGAGAGGCCGUUCGCCUGUACGCACUGCGGGAAGAGGUUCUCAGAGAGGAGCUACCUCAGAAUACAUCAGGAGAAAACCCAUUCCACUCUAUAACAUAGAAAGUAACCAUUCCAUUUGAUAGCUUCUGACAUUUAGCUCAAAGCCUGCAUUAAAGAGUGUUGGAUGUGCAAGGCCCAGACAUUGUGGAAUAUACACUGAGUGUAUAAAACAUUAGAAACACCUGCUCUUUCCAUGAAAUACACUGACCAGGUGAAUCCAGGUGAAAGCUAUGAUACCUUAUUGAUGUAACCUGUUAAAUUCACUUCAAUCAGUAUAGAUGAAGGGAAGGAGACAGAUUAAAGAAGGAUUGUUAAGCCUUGAGACAUGGAUUGUGUAUGUGUGCCAUUCAGAGGGUGAAUGGGCAAGACAAAAUACUGAAGUGCCUUUGAACGGGGGGGGGGGGGGGGUGUAUGGUAGUAGGUGCCAGGCGCACCAGCUUGUCAAGAACUGCAACGCUCAACAGUUUCCCGUGUGUUUUAAGAAUGGUCCACCACCGAAAUGGCAUCCAGCCAACUUGAACCAACUGUGAGAAGCCUUCGAGUCAGUAUGGGCCAGCAUCCCUGUUGAACGCUUUCGACGCCUUGUAGAGUCCAUGCCCCAAUGUAUUGAGGCUGUUCUGAGGGCCAAAGGAGGUGCAACUCCAUAUUAGGAAGGUCAAAUCAAAUUGUAUUUGUCACAUGCGCCGAAUACAACAGGUAGACCUUACAGUGAAAUGCUUACUCACGAGCCCUUAACCAAAAAUGCUGUUUUAAGAAAAAUAAGUGUUAAGUAGUAAAAUAACAGUAGUGAGGCUAUAUACAGGAGGUACCGGUACAGAGUCAGGAGUCUUGUGACUUGGGGGUAGAAGCUGGUAAGAAGCCUUUUGGACCUAGACUUGGUGCUCCGCUACUGCUUGCCGUGCGGUAGCAGAGAGAACAGAAGGUGUUCCUAAUGUUUUGUACACUCACUGUAUAAUACAUGUAUACGCCUAAAAAGUAUUUAACGUAUUGUUUGUACUGUGUAGGCUAUAUGAUGUUCACAAAUGCAUCUUUCAUUACUUCCAUUGAACUACUUAAUUUUCCCCCUCAAUAUUAUUUUAAUAUGAAAAUGAAUGAAGUUCAUCAGGUUCAUGCAGCUCUGUAGUUGAGACGUGUGUGGUUUUCAUAUGAUGUAUUAACUUGUUUAUGUUUAAUAAACACAAAAUGGGACUUUUUAGUCUAA